UUAGAAAAAAAAAUGGUAGAAGUCCUCAAUUGCACUGAACAUGGUAAAACUAGCUAACUUUCGGACGGUAGAGUGCUCUGUCUCUAUGAAUGGCAAUAAUGGUCUGCUACAGCAUUUGCAGUGUCCAAGCCAUAGAUAAGGGCGUUCUUUAUUGUACUUCCCUGUGUGCAGCCCAUCUGGGAACCGAGAAUGACUGCUAGAUUUAUGGUCCCGAGCAAGGACACCUGACACAGGCGCUCACCUGUACGCCUGCGCAGGGUCGGUGGAACGCUUCAGAACAGGACAAAGUACGCAUUAAAACACCUGCGAUGGAUUAUAUUCGGAGUUAAGAAACUUGCACUCAACUCCGUGAAUAAUAUUGUCAAAAUCAUAUCAGCCUGGAGAAAGACAAUCAUACGUGGAUAGGAGAGACAUGGAAUAACUGGGCUCAGUGGAUUUGAAGGAUACCGCUUGUCAAAUGGAUUAUACUUGAACGACGUGUCUUGAAGUCAGAGAGAAGGUUAUAACGGAAAUACUAGGGCUCCAUUUUGAUUGGGCAAAAGGCCUGGCAGCCUGAUCACCAUGGAGCACACUGGAGGUGUCAGAGUGCCUAUUGAUGUUCUUGGUGAGAAUGAAGCAUUGCAGCAGUUUUUUGAUGGAUGCCAGGAGAUGGGAGGUGUGCUGGAGAGUGCAGUGGUUGACACCAGCAUACUGGAACAGUACCUCAGCAACGACAUGGACCCAAAUAUCAUGUUACCAGAGUCUCCUCCAUAUUCUGGAUCAGAACCAUGCUCACCUCCACAGAUACCAGACGUGCACUACACCUCUCAUUGGUCAAAUGACCAGGUGAACCAGGAAGCGUUCCGGCCUGGGCCACGCCCCCCCGCGUCGUCAUGUCAAUAUAAAGGGCUGGUGCCGCAACUCCCACCACACACAGGCCUGCCCUAUCACCCGGGGCAGACGGACUGGCCUGGAGGUGUGUUCAAGGCCGGCCUGUCCCCCAGCCCCCAGGUGACGUGUGACUCCCCCCUCCAUCAGACUCGCUACCUGAGCCCGGGGGUCAGCCACCUGCAGGUGAACACCCCACCCCCACCUCCGCUGGGCCAUGAGGUCCCCCAGCAGCAUCCAAGCAUGGGACCAGGAGGCGGGUACCCCAGGGCCAGGGCCCUGCCCCCAGGCACACCCCCAGGCCAAAGCCCACUGUCAGCCCCAGGGCCGGGAAUGCCCCCUGCCUCGGCUAGCCAUCAUCCUGCCCCGGGAUGCCCACCACACCUUGGUUAUCCGUACUUGGCUCCCUUGGCUGGCCAAUGCAACGGACCCAUCUUACCAGACUAUAAGAAGAGAAGACGAACCGAAUCCUUUAACGAAAAGAACUAUUUUGUGCCUUUGCCUGUGCCAGCUGGGUCAGAGGGUGGAGGCGGUGGAGAUGUCCCAUGCUAUGACAGUGACGGGGCCACGGGAACCAACUCUGGUAUGGGGGCUUAUCAGCUCCUCACCUGGGAUCUCUAUCAGCCAGACCAGUGGACCACCCUCUACAACAGGAACUAUGACAUCCUCCCGUCUCCGGGUUACCACGUGGACACGGAUAAGGGCUUCAACUACUCCAUGACAGACGAGUCCUUCGUGUGUCAGAAAAAGAACCACUUCCAGGUCACAGUUCACAUAGGGAUGACUGGGCAACCCCAGUACAUCAAAACAGCCAAAGGUCCUGCGCCAAUAGAAAGCUUCCAGGUCAAGGUGUUUGGUGUUAAGCUUGAGGCUCAGACUCAGCAAGUAACCAUUGAGCAGUCACAGUCUGAUCGAAGCAAGAAGCCAUUCCUGCCAGUCAAAGUGGAUUUACCAGGGGACCAGAUCACCAAGGUUACACUAGGACGACUGCACUUCAGUGAGACCACUGCCAACAACAUGAGGAAGAAGGGGAAACCCAACCCUGACCAGAGGUACUUCAUGAUGGUGGUGGGUCUUUAUGCCACAGUGAGGGAUGACAGUUACCUGCUGGUGGCAAACAUGUCAGAGAAAAUUAUAGUCAGGGCGUCGAACCCGGGCCUGUUUGAGAACGAUGGCGAGGUCGCGUGGCAGCGCGGGCAGGCCGCCGACACGGUGGUGUGCCAGGGGAGAGUGGGCAUAAACACUGACGCGCCUGACGAAGCCCUGGUGGUGUGUGGCAAUGUCAAGGUCAUGGGGAAGGUCAUGCACCCCUCGGACUGUCGCGCCAAACAGAACAUACAGGAGGUGGAUUCGACGGAGCAGCUGAAGAGAAUAGCCCAGAUGAGGAUAGUAGAGUAUGACUAUAAGCCAGAGUUUGCCUCGGAAAUGGGCAUCGAUCACAUACAUGAGACGGGCAUCAUAGCCCAGGAGGUGAAGGAACUGCUGCCCGAGGCUGUCAAAGAGGUGGGGGACAUUACCUUCAGCGACGGGGGGACGAUUGAAAACUUCCUCAUGGUGGACAAAGAGCAGAUCUUCAUGGAGAAUGUGGGGGCAGUGAAACAGCUUUGUAAGCUGACGGACAACCUGGAGAACCGGAUCCAGGAACUGGAGGUGUGGAACACCAGACUGGCCAAGCUGAAGAACAUAGGCAGCCUAAGAUCCGGCAGCAGCACCAAAGGGAAAAUCAACAGAAACAACGGCGAUCCAUUGCCGCCCUCAUCAUCACCAACAGCGCAGAAGACUACCACACUUAAAUCUGGGAAGGCAAAGUUCCAAAAGAAGUACAGUCACUGCUUACAACACAAGUUCUUCCAAUUUAGCAUCAUCAUUCUGGUAUCCAUAAUGGCUUUCUGUUCGAUCGCCAUCACAGCCCUUUACAUGCUGACUCUGAGGGAAGACGCCAACAUGGUUCCCGGACGCCCGAACAUCACUGUCCCUCCUCUCCACCCCACAACAUCCCUGUCGACAUCAGUGAGACCAACACCAACCCCUGGCCCAUGGCCCCCUGAUGUGAACUUCUGUAGCCUGCUGUACUGCAACGAGGUGUUCUGCUGUCCUGCUAGCCACACCACUGAUAAUCCAACCAUCACAUCUCCUGCGCUGUUCUCUGUACCAAGGCUGCGCCACAUCCGGGACUCUCUAAUAGAUAGGAGAAAAGACAAAUUCGGCAAGAAAAUCAAAGGUGCUGGAGAUUGGACAAACACAACGAUAAAGUCCUUUGUCAUCAAAGAAACCCAGCAGAUCAUUGACUAUCAAUACUGUGAACGGGGAAACUGUGGGCCCGGGAACUACUCCUUCCAAAUCCCCAUCAGCAAGUUCGUCCCGACUAACAUGCGCAUCACCAUCCAGAUGAACACUAUUGAGCUGCUGGUUGUCCAUCUGUGUCAUGUCGAAAGGACAGAAUGCUCUGUCAUUAAGGACUGGGAUCAAACCAACGAAGAAUACCCCUUCAUGAAUACACAGGGUUUAAUCCACGAAUGGCCUCUCCCAGUGUCUCCGUUCUACAGGAGCUUCUACCACUUCCGUUCUGCGGUGGCUGGCCAGGCAGAUUGCAAUACCGAUCGUGGCUUCAUGGGGGCGCUGUUCACAGACUACCACUUCAACUUCUACCGCAGGUGUGAGUGAGGAAGAAGACUUGCCAUGGCAGUGUCCAAUGAAGUGUGUUGAUGGAUUACAUCGUGAUGUAAUAAUGUGUACACUUGGGAUACGUUUUUUUCUAUUCCAUUUCCUGAUUGGAGAUCAGAUUGUUGUGUAAGAGCAUAUUUAUUGAUACACAAUAGCAGUUGGUUAUGGUGGUGUGAUUCACUUUUAUCUUGUGACAAUUCUUGCACUAUUAUGAAAAGAAAUUGGAAUUGAACAGGAUAGGAUCAUAUUAUUUAGUAGGAGGUAAUAACAUUUAACAGGUUAUCUCUUUAAAACAAUGUUUUGAUCUUGUCACACUGCUGGCCCACAGACAGCCUGAGAAUAAUACUUAUAUACAGCACUUGACCGUAUAGUUAGCUGGCCAUUUUAUUUCAGAAAGUGAUAGUAAAAAAAAAAGCAGAUUUCCAAAAACAACACGCCAGAGAGUACCCAGCGCCGCUGCAUAAUGUCCUACUAAUUACCAGAUAGUCACUGUCAGGAAAUGUAAAAUAAAGAACUGAAUUCGC